AUGGCUAAUGGUUAUCUCAACCAAGAAGGAAAUAAUGUUAUGGAGAUAGUUGGUAAAGAGUACUUUGACUACUUAGCAUCACGCUCAUUCUUCCAAGAGUUUAAAAAAGACGAUCACAAUAAUAUCGUUAGAUGUAAGAUGCAUGAUUUAGUACAUGAAUUUGCUCAAUUCUUGACUAAGAAUGAAUGUCUCCACAUAGAAAUCAAUGGUCUUAAAGAGCCAAUCAUAAACCCUUCUUAUCAUGAGCAAGUUUGUCAUUUGAUGAUAACACUUGAUGAAGGGACUUCAUUUCCUGAUUUUAUUUGUAGUCUAAAAAAGAUGCGUAGUUUCAUACAUAAUUAUCAAGAUUCCAAGACUUCAAUGCCUAGUAAUAUCUUACCAAAAUUAUUUGGUGAUUUAACAUCUUUAAAGACAUUAAGUAUUGGUAGAAAUGAUAUUGACAACAUUCCGAAGGAGAUAGGAAAAUUGAUACAUUUGAGAUAUCUUGAUUUGAAAUAUCUGAGAAUGAGAGAACUUCCUGAAGAAUUAUGUGAAUUAUAUAAUUUGCAAACUUUAAACGUUAGUCAAUGUGGAGAACUGGAAGAAUUACCUCAAGGGAUUGGAAAAUUAAUAAAUCUAAGGCAUCUAGAAAAUUAUGAGACUAGGUUAUUAAGAUACAUGCCAAUAGGAAUUCAAAGAUUGACUAAUCUCCGAACCUUAAGGAUUUUCAUUGUUGGUAAUGAUAAUAAAGCAUGCAGCCUUGAAGGUUUGAAUUACCUUAACCUAUAUGGAAAUUUGCGCAUAGAGAAGUUGGGAAAUGUAUCAAAUGUGGAUAAGGCUAGAAGAUUAGAGCUCAAGAAUCAGAAAAAUCUCCUUCAUUUGUUUUUGGAUUUCACAAAAGAUGAAGGAGAGAGGACGAAUGAGGAUGAUGAAGCACUUCUUGAAAUCUUACAACCACCUUUAAAUUUGGAGAAGUUAGUGCUAGAAAAUUACAGAGGCAAUGCUAUUUUGUCUAACUGGAUGAUGUCCUUAACCAACCUCAGGGACUUACAACUCGAUGAAUGCAGCAACUGCAAGAAUUUGCCUCCCUUGGGAAAAUUGUCAUCCCUUGAAUCUUUAGAGAUAAAUUGGAUGGAGAGUCUGAAGACAAUGAGUAAUGAAUUUUUGGGAAUAGAAAGUGAUGACACAUCUUCAUCAUUUAUCUUUUUUCCCAAAUUGAAAAUGCUUGAGUUUUUUGAUAUGAAGGAAUGGGAAGAGUGGGAUUAUGAGAUUACAAGAAAGGGAGAAGAAGAAGAAGAAGAUAAUAUUACAAUCAUGCCGUCUCUGGUUUCCUUGGAAAUUAGUUAUUGCCCCAAGUUGAAGGCAUUGCCAAACUACCUUGUUAAGAACCUUAGGGACUUAACACUUCCUGAAUGCAUAAACUGGAAGCAUUUGCCUCCCUUGGGAAAAUUGUCAUCCCUUGAAUCUUUGAAUAUAAGGUUUAUGAGCAGUUUGAAAAAAAUGAGUAAUGAAUUUUUGGGAAUAGAAAGUGAUGGCACAUCUUCAUUAUUUAUUUUCUUCCCCAAAUUGAAAAUGCUUGAGUUUCAUUUUAUGGAGGAAUGGGAAGAGUGGGAUUAUGAGAUUACAAAAACGGGAGCAGAAGAAGAUGAUAUUACAAUCAUGCCAUCUUUGGUUUCCUUGGAAAUUCAUAGCUGCCUCAAAUUGAAGGCACUACCAAACCACCUUGUUUAG